CUUCGGCUUUGUCAGAAGUGAUUAAGCAGUCAGAAGUCCAUAAGCAGUGGCAGACAAACGUGAUCUGUCGACUCGCUGGAAACCUCAACAGAAAGAAGCGAGCGAGAGUACUGGACGUCGUGUGAUACUUCGUGAACGUUUAUGGACGCAUACGAGUUCGGGUCUCGUUGGCUGAUUGAAAAUAUGAGGUGCACAUCGAUGAGGCAAAGCAGAAAUAAAUCGACUUCGCACAUUGCGGCGCAACGAGAGGAUCAUGGCGCGCGUAAAGUCGCAAAAAAAUGGAACCGGCAGAGAGACUUUUCGGAUUAUUUCGGGCCGUCCUUGAUGGGCAAUACACUCAACGGAGUUUUCACAGUAAAUAUCGCCGUUGCAAAAGACGUGAAUAUGUAUCAUGAGUGCGAAAUCUGUGAUCAGAGCUUCAAUACGUUGGAAGACGUAGAACGCCACAUGAAAGAGAGGCACGAAUUCAUUGUGUGCAUCUGCGACUUAUGUGGUUAUAUGGAUCUAAAAUACAAAGUGCAAAAGCACAUAAUAAAGAAGCACAAGGAUACAUACUUCGGUGGACAAUCCUACGAUGAGAAUGAAGAAGGUAAGAACGAGGUAGAGGGCACAUGGUCCUUGGAGCAGCUUAUAAGUUACAGUCGCAGCGACUUGGGGCCGAUUAUUAAUGAGGUAGAUAAUUCAUAUAAGAGACCAAUGAAGUCCUUGCAAAAGAACAAGAACCGCAAAGAUCUAUUCUUCUGCCCGUUCUGCAACAAGAAUGUCCACGAUACCAUGCUCAUGGGGCACUUAUCAGUGCACGUUGGUGGUAGGUCUUAUGUCUGUAGUGUCUGCAGCAAGAAGUUCAACCUAAAGCAUCAAAUGGAGCAGCACAUGCUAAUCCACAUGGGGACAGGCAUUAAAAAGAAGUCUAAGACCAGCUUACUCCGACAUUCCAGUCCUCGUUCGUCAUAUUCUAAUUUCCGGCAAAAACAACAGGAGGAAUGAAAAGCAGUCGAAACAAGCUUCGACGUCGAGCAGAAGGAGAAACGAAGGAGACGGAGAUGAGCAAAUUUCGUGUUGUGGUGGUUUUUUAUUUCUUUUCUGGGUUUCUAAUAAAAAAUUAGUCAACUAUAACCCCCUGCCUGCCAUCAAAAUGUUUAAUUAAUUUAUAUCUUGUAAAUCCUGUAUAAUAAAUGUCGCUUUAAACACUUGUGAAGCUUCAGCACUGUGAAUGAUCAGUGUUACGUCUUCCUUUAUAUAAUUAGCCUUAAUGCAAUAAUACACGAAUGUAAUAUUGAAAAUGCAGUAAUUUUGUAACAUAUAUUCAUUUGCGAAACAGCUUUUACACGUUUCUUUUUCGGUGAAGUCCAAACUGCUUCAAACGGGUAUAUUUGCGAAUCCUUGCUUAUGGACUCGCAUAAUAAGCUCAUGACAAAAGUCGAUGUGACAAUUUACAACUUAAACAUUAGUCCUUUUAUUAUAUUAUUAUCUGAUAGAUAAUAAUAUAAUAAAGAUAAUUGUCUUUCAUAAUUCUUCGUUGAAAUUGUGCCGCUUCAGCUCCCUCCAUAAUCGACCAGCCAUUAUCGCGUAUAUAUGCAUGAAUAGUGGCUCGUAAUUGUGAAUCACUUGAUGCACCAACUUCUCAAUUCCGUCGGAAAAAAUAUGUGAAAACUAUUUCGCAAAUGAUUUGUACACUCGGUUCGACGGAUAAGCCUUACCAUCGAUGUAUCGAAGUAGUUGCAAAAAGUUUUCGGCCAGCCACAUUGGAUUCAAACUGUACAUAACCCAGCAUAACAUACUAUAUAACCUUAACAUUCAAUACAAGAUUAUCAGUAUUUUGUAAUCAUGUGAAUUCCUUUCUAGACAUUACCAUAAAGUCAACAUUGUGAUAAAUGUGUUGCUUUCGCAGAAUCAUUUCCUCUCCUUUGAACAAUCAAUAAAUAACAGAUCAAUAUCGCGCACAAUAAAAAAAUUUGAACAAUCCACCCGUAUAAAAGCAUCUAUUAAUAUAGUCAAUGAUUGUCGAUUAAUCCAGGAAACGGGGGCUGGUCGAAACUCGUAAUAAUUAAUAACUACUUCACGUCGUGUUUUCGAAGUCGAUCGUCUUCGUCCGCGAAUUGCAUUUUGUAUAUACUUCAUGAAAAAUUUUCAUAUUUCUUUUUAAAUUUUAUAUUUUGUAAAUAAAUUUUCACGUGUUUUUCAGAUGUUCACUCUCCGCACGCGAUAACGAGUAUGAUACGAAUUAAAUGAUGAUUAUAUAUAUAUGUUACUUUAUUUACUUGAGACGAACUUGAGAUAGUAACUCGAGAUGGAAGUUUUUUAGAUAGUAUCGGCAUUUUGUAUCUUUUUGAACGACGUCUUAAUAAAUUAAUGAAAUUACGAUCAUCGGUUAGCGGUUGCAACAUUUUCCUCGACAAAAUAACAGAGAACGUUGCCGCCUUUAAUCUGAUUAGCCGACCAUACCGAUAAAAUUAACAUUAUAUCAAUGUACAAUAUACAUUGCCCACUCAAUAAUGUACAUUAUUGCUACAUAUAUACUACUAUCAUGUGCAGUAUAUGUUAUAUCGGAUACGCAUUAUUCAGUGUGCGAGAUUCUUACGUUCAUGUAAUGUUACCGUAACUUGAUGUUUAAUAUGUAGUAAACAUUAGGUAAUGUUAUUUUAUCUUGGUACUUUGUACAGGGAAAGUAAUAGGAAGUAAAAAAAUGUGGCCUCUUCUCUGUGGCUGUAUUUGUUGUCAGGAAUAAAAAGACUUUACACGUAACAGCGAGAUUUUUAUAUUUUUACGAUCUGUAUGAAAUUAAAUAUAUAAAAUUGUAAGCAUGCAUGUCGUAUUUUUAACUGAACAGAUGGAAAUGA